AUGUAUAGCAAUUUCAAGGAACAAGCUAUCGAGUACGUGAAGCAGGCGGUACAGGAAGAUAAUGCUGGCAAUUACGCGAAAGCCUUCCCACUGUAUAUGAACGCCUUGGAAUACUUCAAAACUCAUUUGAAGUAUGAGAAGAAUCCCAAGAUUAAGGAAGCCAUUACCCAGAAAUUCACCGAGUAUUUGCGCCGUGCCGAGGAGAUACGUGCUGUGCUCGACGAUGGCGGUCCAGGACCGGCUUCCAAUGGGGAUGCGGCGGUUGCGACUAAGCCCAAGACGAAGCCAAAGGAUGGAGAAGGAGGAGAUGGAGAAGAUCCAGAACAGGCUAAGCUGCGAGCCGGUCUUAAUUCCGCGAUCAUAAGGGAGAAGCCGGACGUCAAGUGGAACGAUGUCGCUGGAUUAGAAAGCGCCAAGCAGGCAUUGCAAGAGGCGGUAAUAUUACCCGUGAAGUUCCCGCAGUUCUUUACUGGUAAGAGGCGACCAUGGAGAGCUUUCUUGUUAUAUGGACCUCCUGGAACUGGAAAAUCAUACUUGGCAAAGGCUGUUGCUACGGAGGCUGACUCAACAUUUUUCAGCAUUUCUUCCUCGGACCUUGUCUCGAAAUGGAUGGGUGAAAGUGAAAAGCUAGUUUCAAAUCUUUUUCAAAUGGCUCGAGAUAGUGCUCCAUCUAUCAUCUUUAUUGAUGAAAUAGAUUCAUUGUGUGGUCAACGAGGUGAAGGUAAUGAAAGCGAAGCUUCAAGACGCAUUAAGACAGAACUUCUUGUGCAGAUGCAGGGUGUAGGAAACAACGAUCAGAAAGUUCUUGUUCUUGCUGCAACAAAUACUCCCUAUGCUUUGGAUCAGGCCAUUCGUCGGCGAUUCGACAAGCGGAUAUACAUCCCUCUUCCCGAUUUGAAAGCCAGGCAGCAUAUGUUCAAAGUGCAUCUGGGGGAUACGCCACAUAAUUUGACAGAAGCAGAUUUUGAAAGCUUAGCACGCAAGACAGAGGGUUUCUCAGGUUCAGAUGUUUCAGUUUGUGUGAAGGAUGUGCUCUUUGAACCUGUUCGUAAAACACAAGAUGCUAUGUUCUUCUUUAAAACUCCUGAUGGAAUGUGGGUACCAUGUGGACCAAAGCAACAAGGUGCUGUCCAAAUUACCAUGCAAGAAUUAGCAGGCAAAGGACUCGCCUCAAAGAUUCUUCCUCCUCCAAUUACAAGAACAGACUUUGACAAGGUCCUAGCUAGACAGAGACCUACUGUGAGUAAAUCUGAUCUGGAGAUUCAUGAAAGGUUUACAAAAGAGUUUGGGGAGGAAGGUUGAGGAGUUUGGGGAAGCAGCAAGUAUGACAUUUUGUAUUGAGCAGAAAACAUUGAAAUCUGACGUUUCUCGAAUUUCAUGCCACCAACUUGUGUAUAGUGUUGCAAAAAUUUGAAAUAACGAAUGAUGUUUGUUUGCU